AUGUCCGUUUCCUGCAAUGACUGUUCGGACACCGCGAAAGUAGGAGCCCUUGCACGAGCCGAUACGUCCGUUUCCGACCGCGAAGGUGGACGUCUUCCGGAAGUUCGGUUUCCCGGAUCGGACAUGAGCGGCGACCUCUUCCGACUCGAAGAUGAGACCCAGAAUUCACACAGUCGAAGAUCCAGUCGCAACGAAAACAUCGGUAACGAGGAACAAAGUCCAUCCUCGUCAAGAAUUAGCAGUCAUGGGAUGUCAAUGACGGUAGAAAGGAUCUCCAGAUCCGAAUCUCUAGCGUCUCCUCAGGAGAGAAUCGAGGGUUGCAAAAGUAAUGGCAGUCCCGACGGUAUAUCUCAAGCAACAUUGCAUGACAACACCAAUGCGUUGGAGGGAAACGAGACGGCAUGCCAAAAUCGACGACCCUCGGAUGUAGAAAACUCUUCAAAAUCGAUCAGCCUCCAAGUCAAAAGGAAAAUGUCAAGAAUCGACGUCCACCCAGCCCAACUGAUGGCUCGAGACGCCUUUGGCCCAAAAGUACCACCAGAUUCGCGACAAGUGACUCCUUCCGUCCCGGGUACACCAGUACCUUCGGAGUCCGAGGACAGUGAACAGGAAGCAAACGAAGCGAUUGGUCAAAAAGAUCCAGAAGAUGAGGAUAAUAAAUUCGGAAGUGAUCCCGACACCCUAUUUUUCCGGGAUGGUCGAAGAAGAAUAGACAUGAUUCUAGUUUACCAAGAAGAGAGCAAAGGUGUCAUGACAGAGCUGGAAGCGCAACGAAAGGAGCAAAGACGCAUUUUCCAACAAAAUCUACUGGGUGAGGGUUUGCAACUCGAACUCGAACCAAAGGAAGCCUCUUUUGAUGGAAAGACUUACUUCCUUAAAUUACACAUACCUUGGAAAGUUAAGGUGCAAUAUGCUCAAGUCAUGAACUUGAAACUGCCUACAAAGAGAUUCAUCACAAUCUCCGUCAAAGCUUGGGGCGAUGAUGCUUCCAAAAGAAGGGCGAAAAUAUGGGAAAAGUGGACGAGAUGGGUGGAGUGGAUGCGGAAAUUGCAUACAUGGGACACUAAUUUGUAUCCGGAAGAACCAAGUUUUUACGCUAGCACAGAUUCGGGCGAUCGCGAAGAAAAAUUCACGAUAAAGGGCAGGGACACUUCGUACACUCCUGCGCAACGCUCGUUGAUAGUAAUGCAAAUCCUUCUUCGUACAAAAUACGACGAAAGUCAUGAAAAAGCAGGAAUAAGAAGACUUUUGGCCGACGGUACAUACAUUGAUUGUUUUCCCUUACACGAAGGACCUUACAACAAACCCACCACAAAUGGUGAACAUUUAGACAGAUACUUGCUCUAUCUGGUAUGGGCCAGACCAUCUCAGUGGUACAAAAAACAGCCUCUGUGGUUGGUCAAACGCUAUUUUGGUGAAAAAGUAGCACUUUAUUUCGCCUGGUUAGGCUUUUAUACAAAAUCUUUGUAUCCGCCAGCUGUAGUCGGGCUUUUAUGUUUCAUAUAUGGCCUCGGAAGUAUGGAGGGAGUAGAUAAUAUACCAAGUAAAGAAAUCUGCGAUCCAAAAAUUGGUGGAAACAUUACGCUGUGCCCUCUUUGUGACAAAGCAUGUCCAUAUCAGAAGCUUGGCGAUUCUUGUCUUUUCUCUAGACUGACAUACUUGUUCGAUAAUCCUGCAACUGUCUUCUUCGCUAUUUUCAUGUCCUUUUGGGCGACUACCUUUCUGGAGCUGUGGAAGCGACAUCAAGCUGUACUUGUGUGGGAGUGGGAUCUUCAACAUUCCGAGGGAGAUGAAGAACCUAGGCCAGAAUUUGAAGCGUCUGUCAAAACCUUUCGAAUUAAUCCAGUUACUAGGGAAAGAGAACCUUACAUGUCGGUAUGGUCGAGAACACUCAGAUUCAUGGCCACGGGUUCAAUGGUAUUGUUUAUGAUAUGUAUUGUUUUGGGCGCAGUUUUGGGAACCAUAAUAUAUCGAAUUUCUUUGGUGUCUGUGUUUUAUGGAGGUGGAGGAUUUUUUCUAAAAAACCACGCCAAGAUCUUUACUUCCAUGACCGCAGCUCUUAUCAACUUGGUCAUCAUCAUGAUACUGACACGAAUAUAUCAUCGUCUGGCGAGGUGGUUGACGAAUAUGGAGAAUCCGAGGACGCAAACGGAAUACGAAGCCAGUUACACGUUCAAGAUUUUCCUUUUCGAAUUUGUCAAUUUUUACUCAUCCCUAAUUUAUAUAGCUUUUUUCAAGGGUAGAUUUUUCGUUCAUCCUGGGGACACGGAUGCUCGUUCUUCGGAAUUUUAUCGAAUAAAGACUGAUGUUUGCGACCCGGCUGGGUGUCUCUCCGAGGUGUGCAUUCAAUUGGCGAUUAUAAUGAUCGGCAAGCAGUGCUUUAAUAAUUUCUUAGAAAUUCUCAACCCGAAAAUGUGGAACUGGUGGCGGAAAAGGACGCAAGUCGCCGCGACGAAGGACCACGAUAGAGAAUACCCGCGAUGGGAAAAAGAUUACCAACUUCAAGAUCCUGGAAAACUCGCCUUAUUCGACGAGUAUCUCGAGAUGAUUCUCCAGUACGGUUUUGUAACAUUGUUCGUCGCAGCCUUUCCCUUGGCGCCCCUCUUUGCAUUGUUAAAUAACAUCGUUGAGAUUCGACUGGAUGCUUAUAAAAUGGUCAAAGAAGCCAGGAGACCAUUGGCCGAGAGAGUCGAAGACAUCGGUGCGUGGUUUGGCAUACUUCGUGGCGUCACGUAUGCUGCAGUGGUAUCUAACGCGUUCGUCAUUGCUUACACAUCCGACUUCAUUCCAAGGAGCGUAUAUGCUUUUGUAUAUUCACCCACAAAUGAUCUGGUUGGUUACAUCGACAGCUCUUUGUCGGAGUUCAACACCUCUGACUAUCGUGAAGAUAUGAUAAGCGAUACCGACGAUACAAACCCGCCAACUUGUCAGUACAGGGGAUACAGGAAUGGCCCGGACCACAAAGACGAUCCUUAUGGACUUAGCUCCCAAUAUUGGCACGUAUUUGCAGCUCGACUUGCAUUCGUCGUCGUCUUCGAACACGUUGUGUUCGCGUUGACAGGAAUAAUGAGCUACGCAAUUCCUGCCGUUCCACGUUCCAUAGCAACGCAAGUACAGCGAGAACGAUUACUAGCCCAAGAAGCUAAAUACGAGAAAGGUUUGAAGGGAAAACAAGAGGAAGACGAACUGUUGGCCAUUCUGAGGGAAACCAGUGAUUUAGGUCGACCCUACGGGGGCCGAGGAAGCUUUGGAAGACGCGUCAGCAAACUAAGCGACGGCGUGGAUGCUUACGUCGAUUUCGGAGGAAGACAUAAAAGAUAGUGAUACUUGAACGGUAUGGGAAAUAACGAGAAAGGUUUGAAGGGAAAACAACAGGAAGACGAACUGUUGGCAAUUCUGAGGGAAACCAGUGAUUUAGGUCGACCCUACGGGGGCCGAGGAAGCUUUGGAAGACGAGUUAGUAAACU